AUGUUCCUUCGCCACCUGGACCUCACAGCAGCCCUCAGGCCACUCCUGUACGACGAGGAAUCGCUUCUCUUCGUCCAGGACAAUGUGGGCUUGUAUGAGGGCAAGUUCAAGAUCGAGGGCUACCAGAAUGGUCAUGCCUACUUGACAUCCCACCGAGUCUGCUACGUUGAUAAGGACGAACCACGACAACGCUCAGUCGCCGUAGAUCUCAAGGAGAUUGAACGAACAGAAUUCUAUGCCGGCUUCUUCAAGUCUUCACCAAAGAUCACGCUCUUCCCAAAGGCAACAAAACGAACGUCCCAGGCGAUCAGGAGCCCUGUCCCGAAGUAUGCUUCACCCAGCGAUGGACUAGUCAGUAGCGCCACCACGCCGCCUAGGUCGACAGCUCAGACCCCAGCACCAGCCCGAGAUCUGAACGCUACCUGGGUGUGUCCUAUCUGUGGCCUCUCGAAUCCCGUGCCCAAUAGCUUUGACCCGGCGACCGCGAAUCAGCAUACUGCUCUCCCUCCUUGUCAGGCAUGCGGCAUCAAGCCACCGCUUGCGCUCAUGAUCAAAGCCUCCAUCGCUUCCAUGUCGAGUAGAGCGUCAGGGACCGCUCAGUCAACCACUUCGACUUCCUUUGCUUGUGACAGCCUUGCUCGUAACGGCUUCCACACAAGCGCUCCAGCUUCUGGUGCCGGGGCGGCUGGAGUCUGCCCACGAUGCACAUUCCAUAACCACGCCUCACUCAAUACCUGCGAAAUGUGCGGCGCACCUCUGCAUGCAGCUCGAGAAGCUACAGUACCUGCUACAAUCACCGAGCCGCAGCGACCGGAAUCUCCUGGACCAUCCAUGGCAGGCUCAAUCGUCGAAGAUGACACGAUUGAGACCAUCAAGUUCUCCUUCCGCGGUGGCGGUGAGAAGGUCUUCCAAGACAGACUGAAGGGUGCUCUGGUCCAGCGCAAGUGGCUACUGCAGAGCGCACCGCCAGUGCCGAGACCGGCGCAGCCAACCACUCCAGGAUUUGGAGGCUCGGGCCAAACAUUCGAUACACUCAGCAGCAGCACACCACAGCCGCGAGUCGUGGGAAUCGCGGGGCUCGAGCGCAGAGGCGAAGAACUCCGCCAAAGCAACCAAGCAGUCAUUGGCACCGCCUUCGAAGACCUGGAAGCACUGAUGACCUCAGCCAAGGAGGUCAUAGCAAUGGCUGAGGAGUUCUCCAAAUCACAGAACAGCGCCAACGGUGACUCUGUAGAAGCAAGAAAUGUGCUCUCUGACUCGGCGUCAGUACUUGGACUUGUCACUACGAAAGACAUGUUGGGCACUGGAUCCUCUUCAGAAACGCUGUACAUCACCGAGCUUGCGCGCAACCUUGCUGAGUUCCUUACCGAUGACAGGAGAGGCAUCUUGCGCAAGGAAGGUGGCAUCAUGUCUCUCGUUGACCUAUGGGCGGUUUUCAACCGGACUCGCAAUGGCAUUGAGCUGAUCUCGCCGUUGGACUUUGAGAAGGCUGCCAUGACUUGGGAGACGCUGCACCUGCCAAUCCGUUUGAGGCGAUUCAAGAGCGGUCUGCUGGUUGUGCAAGAGAAGAGCCGCACUGACGAGAAGACCAUUGCUAGUUUGCUGAGCUGGCUGCGACGACCGCAACAAGCAUCUGGAGCGCCGGAAGAUGGCUUGCGGGGCUCGCUUGGUAUUGGUGUCACCGCGCAAGAGACGGCAGAGCGCUUCGGCUGGAGCGUCGGUGUUGCCACGGAAGAGUUGGAGAUGGCUGAAGACACUGGAGCGCUCUGCAGAGAUCAGUGUCUCGACGGCAUCAGAUUCUGGGAGAAUCACUUCAUGAGCACUUUCGCACAAUCGUCAGAACAAGCUGACGCAGACAUCUCGCACGGGGUGCAAGCUAUGGGUAUCUAG